CUCUGCCACGUUUUACUUGUCUAAAUCAGACCAGAUCCCUCCUCCAGUCAAGGUGUCGGUGGUCGGCUAUUGAAAAAGCAUGUACCUGAGCUACCUUGAACUGCCGUUGAUCGCAACCUUCUAUAGCUUAAUGGUUCUGCGACAAGCUGACGGUAAAGUAGGUUCUCGACGGCAUGGUGUGUGGCAUGUGGCAUCCAAGCAUGUUACUGCAAAACAUGGCACGGGCAAGGGAAGGGGAGACAGGGAAGGGGGAGUGGUGUGGUUGAGAAUGUUCGCCCAUACGGAUAGCCUAUAGGCGAUUGGACAACGGACUUUGGCGGACAAUGGGCAAAACUCCUAAAGCCGACGAGACGACUUUGGGUCCUGGGGAGACGGGGCCAGGUCCGUUCUGGAGGCAGAAGAACUAUGCGGAUAGUUCUUUGCCCUAUUACCUUUAAGAGUCUACUACAGAGACAGAGACACACGGAGAGAGGAGAGGACGGGUCGGCGGGCAAGGUUCCCCAGGAUGCGACAUGUUCUCUCCAAGUCCCGCGAUGUGAUGAGGUGCGAGAUUCGAAAAAAAGAGAAGGCUAUUUUCCCCCCCAAACCAAAAAAAAGAUGGUGAAUUUAAAGCUGAG